CUAAAGAAUCUGUUCAAGAAAUCAAAGAUUCAGAUAUAGUAUUUGUAGCAACCUUGAGGAGUGGUAUAAGAACGAUUAAAGGUGAAUGUGGAAAUUAUACACAGUCACGUACUAUAUCAUUCGUUGAUCUCAUGAACUUGCGCAAUCCUCAAGAAAGAGCUUUGGAUCUUAUAGAGAAUGUAAAUAAAAACUAUUUAUAA